AAGCACUUUUUCCUUCUUCAGCUCACCAACAAAAACACCGACCUCUGGAAAGUGGAAUCUACCGUGGAAGGAAAAAAAAAAAAAAAAAAAAAAAAAGGUGUCUGAGAACCGCUUAGUUUGAUCGCCAACUAAACAAGCAAAAGGGGUCAUGAUCUGAUGAACUCGUUUAUCGCUCCAAGUAAUCUGUGAUUGGACGGUAGAGAAAAAAAUAUUUCAAACUUGGAAGUAUAUCGGUUUUGUGGGUGGAGGUGAAAAAGGUCAAAGUGUCGCAGAUGCCGGAGGAGGAUUUGGUGGACAUAAAGUUUAGGUUGUACGAUGGGUCUGAUAUUGGACCUUUCCAGUAUUCAUCGACCUCCACGGUUGAUAUGCUUAAGCAGAGGAUUGUAGCCGAUUGGCCCAAAGGCAAAGCAAUAAUCCCAAAGGCCGCCAACGAAGUAAAACUGAUCAGUUCUGGUAAGAUUUUGGAAAACAACAAGACAGUUGGUCAGUGUAAAUUACCCUUUGGGGAUAAUGCUGGGGGAGCUAUCAUAAUGCAUGUUGUUGUACAGCCAUCUCUAGCGAAAGCAAAAGCAGAGAAAAAGAUUGAUGAUUCGCCCAGAAAAGUCGUUUGCUCAUGUUCUAUAUUGUGAAAGAAAAUGGACAUCCCGUAUUUAACAGUAUGGCUUCAAAAGUUAUCUUUGGACAUACCGUGUUUGUUGCAGCAUUCAUGUACAAGUUCAAGCUGGUGAUGAUGUGUCUGUAGGAAACCAGUGUUCUUGAUGACUCGUAUAGAUCUCUUUGUAUCACGAGGUUGCAAGGAUUCUGUCAAUCCUUGGUCUAUUGUUUUCCAUCAUUACAGAUUGUUUGCUUUCUUUCCUUUUUUUCCUUGUUCUAUUUGCUUUUUUUUCUUUGUUUUUCCUUGUUCUAUUUUUGUCAUUUCCUGUCCGGUCUUAUAGAUUAACUGAAUGAUUGUGCAGUAAAAGCAAGCUGUAUAGACCUUAUUACUGUAAAGAUCCCCAUUCAAAUUUCAAGGAUAAAUGUUGUAUGUA